AGCUCUGGGAUGAUUCCGCUGCUGUGAGAAAUUUGUUUGCAGCUACAGAGGGUGGCAGGACUAAAAUUCCUAUUCACCAGUCUUACAAUGACUGGGAUUGUACCAGCCUGUUUCAGGCCACUAUAUUUGCGCAGUCCUUUGCCUUACCAACAAGUAGAGGCUCCUACGCCACACUAAGUGAUUUGUACGUGAAGCCCCGUGGAGUGCAUGAUGGUAGUUUCCACACAUGUGUGGUCAGUCCAUUUGGAAACACGGCAGAGACCUUUGCACUUGCGAUUGAUCAGCUUCGUAAACUUAGAAAUUCGAUAAGUCACGCCGCCAUCCUUGAGUUGGACAGCCCGACAUUUGAACAGUACUUGAAUUAUGCCAAAGCUGCGUUUCAAGCCCUUGGUGUCCCGACAGCCUCAAUUGAUGAAUUUGCUAGGGUGACGGAGUAUAACAACCCUCCCAGCUACCAACGUCAAAAUUUGACACAAAGAAUCCACGACAUGUCUCAGUGGUUCAUAGAAUUUCUCAGGGAAGUUCCGGCGAGUAUGAGAUCAGUCAUCAAUGUUUUAACGCAACAAGUUGAAGUGGAUAAUGCCAGCAAAGAAGAUAUUUCUAGGUUGGGAAAAAAAAUUGAUGAAUUGAAAGUAGGAAGAGAUGAAGAUGAUAAUCUACCUGAAAAUUUAGGUAAGAUAUUUAAAAAUUGUUCCAGCCAAAGGGUCAGGUUACGGUUUGGACAAACAGUAAGCAAAUUACAAUUGCAGGACUGGUUAAUUCAGCCAGUCCCAUUUACAAAUAAACAACCUCAAAGCCUAUUUUCAUCAGGACCUUCAGAUUGUAAGGUAAUUAGAAAAGGUAACAAUCUAAGCUGCAGAGAGUAAACCUUUAUCCUAUGAGGUUUUGUUUGCACCUAAAAGUAUUCUGUAGCUCAGUGGUAGAGCAUCUGUUUACUCCUGCAAGAAAGUUCUCAGAUUUUUUCUCUUGAGCUGUCUGUGUCACUGUCUGAGGAACAUCUUUCUCGAGGUUUUGUUAUGUAUGGAAAAGAUUACUACAAGCUUCCUUUAACAGAUGAAGGAAUGGCCUUAAUUUGAGACCAUAACCAAACUCUUAAAAUCUUAAAUAUCACAGUCGACUGUCAAUUUACGUUUCUGAGCAGCGGUCCUCGGAUUCAAAAAAACCAUCCUAGGUUUGACUUUGGUACUUGGUUAAGGCAUGCUUGGUUUGAGCAACUGACCUAUCGAAACCGAGGUCGGUUACCCAGAACAUUAACAUGUACCUCGGUCGAUAUGACAACCAACAUAUCUCGGUCAACAUAUCAGCCAACUUAAAACUUUGCCUUUGCCUUUUGGGCAGAGGGUGCUCUCGAAAUGGAAUGCCUUGUUGACUCUUGUCCCAAAUUGGUAUUCUGGGAAAUGGGAACCAAUUAAAACAGGUGAGAUUUGCUGUCUGAUUUUUGAAAACAAUAUGGUAAUUAUGACUUUGAAAAAAUUCCAAGAUGAUGUGUUUAGAGAAAACGUACAUACCGAUAGAAGUCAUUCUUAUUGUCGUAAGAAGGUCACUGAGGAAGGAUUGGAAUAUAUCUGGAUCUGAAUCUACUUGAUAAGUUUGUCCUAUUUGGAAGUGCUAGAAUUCUCCAAAGAGUUCUGGAUUGCUUGGUUUACUGGAAGUAACUUGAAUCAAAACAGACUAAAUGAUAAUAGUUUUGAUAUUACUUCCACUUCCUCAACUGUUUCCUUCCUUUUUUUGUUCAUUGCAGUUCCUGCUGGAAUUCUCACUCAGGGUCCCGUAGCUCUCAGGGCAUAUAAAGAGGCCCUUGCCCAUGGAGAAACCACAUUAAGGAGGGUGCCAUUAAUGCUGAUUGGACAAGGCGGUGCAGGAAAGACCAGCACAAAGAAAUCAUUGAAAGGGAUUCGUUUUGACCCAGAGGAAGAGAGCACUGUUGGGGUUGAUGUGGAUCCUUCCUGUUUCAAAGUGUUGACUGAGACUUGGUGUCCUGGAGAGCAAGAUUUAGAUAAAGCCUUUUCUCCUGACUAUCACUUAGCAAGGUGCAUGGCAAAUUUUUUAAUAACACCAGGGGAAACCACUCAGCUGAAUACUGUGGCAGAGGUAGGCUCAAAUUCCUUUGAUUCUAAAGUUGCUCAAAAAGAGGAAGGUGCUUUAAGACAUCAAGAGCUGAUUCAAGAAAGCCAUAAGUUGUCACCUUCAACUGUCCCCAAAGAGUUAUUAAAUGUAACUUCACAAUUCCUCUCAAAUGAUAAGGUGAACGACAACAGAGAAGAAAUUUAUUUUAUUUUUUGGGACUUUGCUGGUCAAUCAGUCUAUUAUGAGACUCAUCCGCUUUUUCUUACAGAAAGAGCGAUCUUCUUCUUGGUUUAUGACCUUAGCCUGAAUCCUGAUGAUGAGGCAAAGCCUGUGUUAAAACAAGGAGUAUACAAUGAAAGUGAAGAAAGCUACAAUCUAAAAACAAAUUUUGAUUAUCUUGAUUUUUGGAUGAGGUCUGUGGCAUCAUUGGGGCCCAGCAAUGAAAGGGAAGGUUCAUCAGAAGAGUCACUCCCAGGGUUGCUCCCAAAGAAGCUUCCUCCGGUUUUUUUAGUGUGCACUCAUGCUGAUAAACCUUAUGAUCAUGGCAAUCCAGACAAAUUGGCCCGAAAGAUAUUUGGUUUUCUAAGGAGAAAGCCAUAUGGCUCUCAUCUUCGUCAGGUAUUCUGUGUAGAUAACACAAGUUUAAGCGUCGAAGGUUCUGUCUGUCCAGAGAUUCGCCGUUUGCAACAGGAAAUAAUUGCUGUUGCCAAUGAGCUUCCCUUCAUAGAUGAGACCAUUCCAAUCAACUGGUUAAAAUUCGAGAAGGCUCUUCAGGCCAGAAAAGAAAUGGGAAACAAACGCAUGUCCCUGGACUCUGCAAAAUAUAUUGCUAAAAAUGAUUGCAACGUUGUUGACAAGGAAGAGUUUAAGACCUUGAUGAACUAUCUUCAUGGCAUAAGAAGUUUGAUUCAUUUCGAAGACACGGUGGAAUUGAGUAAAUUGGUAGUCCUAGAUCCUCAGUGGCUAGUUGAUGUUUUUAAGAAGGUAAUAACUGUAAAGCCGUAUGUUCCUGAAGAGGAAGGUUAUUUACACUUGUGGGAUAUGCUUGAGACGAAAGGAGUAGUGGAUGAAAAGUUUGUGGCUCAUGUAUGGGGCCCUUUGUUUGAAGACAAAGAAACAUUGGAGAGUCUCAUUGGAAUCAUGGAGAGAUUUAGCUUGUUAUGCCCUUGGUCAGUCAAUGCCUCAAGCAAUAGUCAGUAUCUUGUCCCAUCAAUGUUGAAGGCAUAUCCAUCAGCUGACAUUCUUGAGUUGGUGAAGUCUUCCAGUAUUCCUUCUCUGUUUGUCAAAUUUUUAAAUGGUCAAGUUCCUCCAACUUUUUUCCCUCGGAUGGUUGUCCAGUUUAUUCAGUGGGGCAGAGAUUGGUUUUGGUCAGAAGAGACCCCUCAGCUGUUUAAGGGUUUUGCCAGGUUUUAUAUGUCCAAAGGUACAUGCUCUGUAAUUUUUGUGUGCCAUGCUUCAUUUGUCGAAGUCGUUGUUCACGGAGGGAAUUCAGCACACUGCCCACUCAGCAGUGAGGAGGUAAUCUGUGCUGGUCAGGUGUGUAGGCAGCUGAGCUUGAUUCUUGAGUGUAUGCGAAAUCAGUUUCCCUGGCUGAGAAAUAUGAGGUAUGAAAGGUGUGUCAUUUGUCCCGUCUGCUCCAAGGGAAGGGAGGUUCGCCGCUGCCGAACGCAUGGUGGAGAAAUAUGCAAACAAGAACAAUGUCUUCACUUCUGGACUGUAUCGGAGUUAUGCAGUAACGCAAGAAAUAUCUCCUGCAAGAGGUCCCCUGUUGCUCGAUGCACCACAGUUCAGACCGAGCAGUUUUCCCCUUGGUUCCCUGCUCCAAGACAACAGGUAUACACUGAACCAUAUUUAUUACACUUGGAUAAAGAAGUGAUCUUGUCGGGGUCUUCUGUAAUUGCAGAUUCUCCAUCCACCCCCCCCAAACCCUUUCCCGACCACCACCCCCCACUUUGUUAUUUCAGUAACAUUGAAUCUACUGUAGCAAAAUUAUUAAGCUAUAGCUUUUAAAAUUUUGUCCAGGUUAAGACGUUUUCGUUUAUAUGUGAUGACAUUUUUUUAGCAGCUGCGGAAGGAAAAGCAUUAUCCACAAAGAAAUACUGAACUACUGAUUCGGAAACAGUUAAACUAAAAUUAAAACAGCGUCAAAUAUCUCUGAAUGAGGGAGGAAAAGAGUGUUAUAUUUUUUCUUGCUUAUGAAUUACAGCUUGGAACUGAUGAAUGUGACGAAGACCCGUUCACUUUGGGUGAAGGUAAGGAUAAUGAUUAAACAACCACCACUGGCAAGAAAAUACCUAGUGAUACUCCGUUUUAAUGUUUUUUACACUUUUUGCGGAGGUCAUGUUCACUUUCACAGGCUGAAUCCAAAGGGAAGGGUUCGUACAGUACAGGAGUAACUGACACCAUUAGGUGAAGCCUUGUGUUUAGACCUGCCAAGGCAUGAACUGCUGGCUUCAUGUUAUGAUUCGAAAUUUUUUUGCUCCAGAUCAUAUCGAUGAUAAAAUUAAGCAAUUGUUUUUUAGAAGGCUAAACUUCAUUUGGGACUGGAGAGGGCUUCAGAGGUUCCCACCCUGUAAAUUUAUCACUGACUAUAUGGCCAUCACAUUUACGCUCAAUACCUGUAAUGUACUCACUAAUUCUCUCAAUCAGGUACAGUGUUUAUGUCAUAGUUACGUAAUGUGAAUUUCAAAAUGGAUUUAUGUUAAGAAUACAGCACACUAUUGUAGCAAAUGUAUCCUUCUGUUUUCUCUUCAAAACAAUGGUCACUGUCAUUGGAGUGCGUCGACACACUACGCACGAUUGAUGGUCUUGUAUAAACUUCAUUGAUUGAUACUAGAAGUCUCUGACGUUAUUGCCUCAGAUGCUGCAUUGUUAUUGUCAUUUGACUUGCGGCCUUAAUUUACGAGAACUAUGACAACCACAAGACCCAUCAGUAAGAACCGAGAGUUUAUUUGGUAAUUUACGUCAGUUUCAUUCGAAAUUCUGUGACGUCAGUUGUGAGGUUUUUACACCGAGGUCAAGCCGCUUUUUUAGUUGGGGCAGGCCCAUAGUGCCAACACCGACUUACGUUUUCGGCUCUGCUACUUUUUUUUCUUUAGUCGAGGCUGGCCCAUAAGGCCAUUGCCGACUUCAGUUCUGCAGUUUGCUUCUUUUUUUAAUUUUGUAAUGUUCUUUUUCCUUUUUGUGUCGCGAAUUUCCAUCCUGGGGAGUGACACGAUUAAGUCUUGUGUAAGUCUUACGAUUAAGUCUUGUCUAAAUUUAGAGGUAGGACAACGCACUGACCAUUCUUUACUCAUCGAUCUAAUACCCCCUAAGCAUACCGUAACUUGUGAGUUAAAACAAGCGAAGGCGGCCAUUAAUUCCUUUUCGAGUUGAAACCUUUGACACAUUUCUGACAUUUUGUCUCCCAAAAUGUGACGGCCAAUGUGUCUUUCUAUCUUAAUGCAACUCUCCCUCUCUGGGUGUGAAAAGUCAUUCCUUACAGGGACGAAUAUGCCCAUUGUAGAUCGCCACGUCAAAUAAAAAAAAUUCCUUUUAAGUUGCCUUGCGAGUUUUAAGAACCAGAAAAGUACUGCUUGUUGACAGUAUUUUAAACACUAAAAGCUAACCAGUCCUUUGCCGUCGUGCCAGCCUUGCAUUCAGUUUUGUUUCAUUUUACACAUCAAUUGACGUCUGGCUACAGCAUCUCUUUAAUUAGAGAUUAGGCAAGAGGAACCAGUCAGUUUUAUUUACGCGUUGCGUUGACCUCUGCAUUCCAACUGUGUUACCCUGUCACGUUUUACAAGGGUAGAACGACAAUAGUUUUUGGAAUUCCGGUUAGGUCAAAUUAGUCGCGUUAUACUGUCACGCUAUAUUUUAAGAGAAAAGGCGGACUGCAAGCAGUCUAAUGUUGUCAAAAACACUCCUUCUAGACAUUACAGGACCGUAGAACUUGCGUAUAACUGAAAGUAUGUUAAAUUUUAUAAGUGAAAGGCCUAGACAACACCCAAAACACAUUGGUUAAUAUAAAUUUAUACAGAAGUUAAUAUUUACUAAAACUCUUGGACUAAAUUUCGUCAGCCGUCCAAAGCUUCUAAAAUUUAUCAGUCAAAAUCGGAGAAAAUUAACCGUUAGCCGUGAAAGCUACCACCCCAUUGAGGCCCUCUUUUAUGGGCAAAAAGAAGAAAGAAAAAGAAGGGGAAUACUCUACAGAGAGGACUGUGCAGAUGAUACCCCUAAUGCGGUCUCCGACUUAUGCGAAGUUUUGAACCACUCGCGUUUUAUGACUUUUUUUUGUUUGGGUUGACAGUAACUCCAGAGGAAAAUAAUGACGUACCAAAGGAAAAUUUAAGUAUUACUUUCGUAGUUUUCUAAGUGAGUGUGGCACUGUUUUAAUCCUAGGAAACCAAGAAAAGGCACUGGCAGUUUGUAGCAGUGCGGUGCUUCAACAUCUUUCCUCCGAGUCAGGUGAUGCCAAACUGGUUGUUAGUUCACUGUUGGAGACUAUUCAGCUCGAUCAAGCCUCUCUUGAAGAGCCAGACUCUAAAGCCAAGAAACGGAUUCGUUGCUUGGCAAGAGAAGCUAGCGAUUGUGGCAGACAUGAUGUGUUGCAUUACUUAAGAGAAAUAGCACCUGCUGGGACUACUGGUGAGUGUUUAUCAGUUUUGCUCAUAAUCAUCUUUCGGAAGAGUAGUGCUUUCGCUUUAGUUCCCUUUUAACCCAUUUCAAAUCCCACUUGAAGAUCCGGUAUCGUCCAAUAGGGUUUAUGCUAAUCCCCCGGCUAAUCCAUUUCAAGUUGAAUGGAUUGUUUUUACUUCUUUCAUUUAAAGGAAGAAGGGUGAUCUAACUAUGAACUAUUUGACGUGGUAUCAACAGUUAAAAUCUAGAACUACUCGAGUCGAUGAGAGGGGUUUUAUAAGAUUGCAUUCAAAUGGGAGAAAAAUGCUUUCGUCUUAGGCUGUUUGAUGAAAUAGUGAAUUAAGGCCUCGUGUGAGACAAUGCUGUUAUGAAACCUCAGCCGCUACCAGCAUUAUAUCGUGAUCUGGGGGCAGAAUGCUUGGAAUAUGUUCCAGUUACACCUCAUCCGGAACAGCAGGUCAAUCCUACGGGUAUUCCAGAUUACUCUAUUUAAUCCCCGAUUGCACAAAAUGAUCAAUGGAAACGCACCCCCCGGUUUGUAACAUGGUUCCGAGGCUUUCUGAUCAUAUUUCUAUAUUUGUUUGGUUUUAUUUGCGCUCAAGUCUCAACAAAGUAGUUUUAUACACUGAAAUGCGUGCUUGAUUGUAGGUCCGUUAUUACCUGAAUCUCUAGACGUGAGAGGAAUCCCGUUUUCGCAAGCAAGACAGCUUACCAUCGCCUUGACUGGUAUUGAUUUUAGGAUUAAAUCAACCUAUUUGACGAAUUAUGCCCCAUUCAUAAAACUUGCUAAAAAAAUCUGUUUAGUUAACCCAUUCGCCCCUGAACCCCCUGUGCGGAUCCACGUCCUUUCUACCCUUUGUGACGUCAUCAGUUUUAAUGGUCAAGGACAACUUUGUCCGCUAACUUGUGCAGAGUGAAGAGAUCUUUCAAACCAUACCAGAAUGAGCACAAUUCAGUCAAGGACACCGGAGAAAGGGGCAAAAAACCAUGUAACAUUGACCUGAAAAUCUCCAUGAAAAUCUUGUUCCAUUGCUCUCCUACCUUUCCUUUCACCUAAUCCUAAGAUCCUUAAAGCUUUCCUAAAAACUAUUCCCACCAAAAUGAAGCCUACUAAAGGCCCAGCAAGAGAAAAAAAAAAUGAGGCAAGAAAAGCGAAAAAAGAGGGGAGUAGAGAAAGCGAAAAGUAAAAGUCAAGACUGCUGUGUCACUUUUAAACCCAAGCUUUCUGCGCAUGCCCGAACUUCGCAAGCUGAUAUUUUGCAUCUGGAUCAGAAGGCCGUGAAGUGUACGACCUGUAAACCGGUUUGUGGUAAGUUUUAGCUCUUUAUAGCACGACAGUGACCAGAAAACCACUCGACUAGCUUCAAAACGCGUUUUUCGGCAAAAUCUCCAGGAGCGAAUGGGUUAAACACGGUUUUUAAAAUUGUUUCCUUCCUUAAAGCUGCUUAUUGACCUUUAUUGAUUACAAAUUUAGAGCAAAUUAAAAAAAGAUAUGUUAAAGUUCAUUUAAAUGCCGAGUAAAAGCCUCUUUUUCAUUUUUCUGUGACUGUUUUUCAUUUUUAACUAAUCAGGUUUAAUUAAACAUGUUUUGGUGGUGUGAAAAAAAUGCUUUCUUAAAUCAACCGAGAGUCUUGUCUUGUCUCAGUACUCGCAGAAAUUUAGAACAUUGUUUUGACAUCUCGUGCUGAGGGGUCUAGCCGUGUGUUGGCCAAAGGCCUGGCCGAGUAUUGAUUCGUCCCCUGUGCUCGAACUCCGCGAUCUCCCGCUACAACCAGUUACAAAAGUACUUGAGACACUGUACCGUAUUUUGGCAUUUUGUCCAUGAUCUUGUGCUUGUGAUCCCCCCUCCACAAGUUGCUAGCAAUAAAAGACCAUGCUCAAAACUUGGAGGAACAACUUUGAAUGGGAGGGAGGAGGGAAGUCAGUAUAAUAUCUCACAGACCUGUGACCAGCAGCGAUUUGAAGCAAGAAAGGUCGUUUUUUUGUAAGUGUCAUUUUUGCAACUGGUUGUAGCUUACCCUACCGUGGUUAGAUUAGGUUAGGUUUAGGAUUAGGUUGUUGUUGGACAGUUGAUGCUAUAAAUGCUACGUAGCACUGCAUAACGAGCCUUUUGAAGACGUUUAUGUUUCGAUUUCUCUCCAUUAUAGUUGCGGGUGGCGAUAAGUGGAAGCUUGUUGCUGAGAAACUGGGUUUGAAUCAUGAAGAGAUCCGUUUCCUGGACGAACGUAACACGAAUCCAGUUGAUGCUCUCUUAGGCUUUAUCGCGAAUCAGCGUUACAUGUCUGUGGGAGAACUUUAUCAAGUCUUAUGCGAUUGUGGGAUUCCCGUAAUCGCCGAUAAGCUGUAA